AUGUCCAGUGCUCCGGGAUCGGGUCAUCUUGACUUCUCUGAUGAGAGUCCAUAUCUUGACUUUGACCCCGAUGGCGACUUUGACGACUCUUUCGGCUACGAUGAAGAGGCAGGGCGGAUGAUUGGCGAUUUACCCGGCGAUCUGCACGAUAAGCGCAAAAGUAUCGAUGGACAAGACGACGACGACGAAGGUGGCGGCAAGAGACGUGAGGGUGAAGAUAAGACGGCAAAGAAACCCGGUAGAAAGCCGUUGACUGUCGAGCCCACAUCUAAACGCAAGGCCCAAAAUCGCGCUGCCCAACGAGCGUUCCGUGAGAGGAAAGAAAAGCAUUUGAAAGAUUUGGAAACAAAGGUGGAGGAUCUGGAAAAAUCUUCGGAAUCUGCCACCCACGAAAAUGGUCUUCUUAGAGCUCAAGUUGAACGCCUGCAGGUUGAACUCAAGGAGUACCGCAAACGGCUGUCCUGGAUUAGCAGCAAUGGUUUGAACCGAUCAUCGCAACCCGUGGGUCAAAAUCAAGCCCGAAAAUCGUCUGCCAACAACCAGAACGACUUCCAAUUUGAAUUUCCCAAGUUUGGAGAUCUCCCUCCAAUGCCUGCGACGAAUCUCUUCAACACAACUGGCUCGCAGAACAAGCAAGCUACUGCUGCGAAAAGAUCUGCAAGCAAUGGAACAUCAAAUUCACCCGCGAUGGGUCAGACUAAUGGGGCCAGACGCUCUAAUUCUUCAAUAUCGCAACAGAACCAGCCUGCCAGAUUCGGCUCCUUGAGCCAAUCUCCGAUGAGUAGUACUUACACUGCUUCGCCUCAACCUCAGCCUCAGCAAAAGGAUAAUUUAGGUAGUGUGGACAGUCUUUCGGGUCUGUUCAGCCCAUCGAUAUUGGAAGCGAGCCGGCAUAGUUCUCUCGGAGGUUAUUUCCCCCAAACUGCACUCAAUGGCAACGCACAAACUGGCCGUCGCAGUCUCGACAACGGAGCGUUGGCCAACGUUCCAGGAGUCUAUUCUAACUCCAGCAUCUCAACAUCGGAUUCUCCUGCUUCCUCAGCCGAGUCACAGAAUGCCAUUUCGUCGAUUGGCACUUCCCCUGAGCCAAGCUUGAAUUCGCCGGCCAAUAAAUUGACCGAGUUCAACCUCAAUCCUAUCACGGAGGAAAAUCAACUUGCAUUUGGAGGUAAGGACUACCUUUGCAAACAAAUUUCCCAGGCCUGCGGCUGCAUUGAUGACCCAAUUCCUCCAAUCUUGAACAUGUCUAACGAUAAAACGUUAGGCUACACUGGCGAGGCUGGCUUCGAAAUGAAUGGAAUCAACUGGCUUGCCCAACAGAACAACAACGGUUUUGACCCGGUACUGUUCGGCGACUACCGUGAGACUCAAGAUAAUGUUCUCUCACAAGACUUUGGAUCCUUCUUCAAUGAUGCUUAUCCUCUACCGGAUCUCGGCAGCCCUCUGCAUAACUACACCGAUCUGACAGUGGAGCCACCCGCAAAGAAUGACCUCAUGAGGCAGGUCAACAUGGCAAAGGACGGCGAAGAAGUUGUACCUAAUAACGAUAAACCGAUGACAUGCAACAAAAUUUGGGAUCGUCUUCAAUCUAUGGAAAAGUUCCGCAAUGGAGAGAUUGACAUUGACAACUUGUGUAGCGAGCUUCGAGCCAAAGCCAAAUGUUCCGAGGGUGGUGCAGUGGUGGACAAGAAGGAUGUGGACAAAAUCUUGGGAUCCGCCAGGUGA